GUUUCAGAGAAUGAAAUGAUGCAGAAUGGUCAAGUUUUCAACAAGAUGUGUAGUUGCUUGUCUAUUGACAAUUGGAAUGUGCUUCUUACAGUAUAACUUAUUUUUUCGAAAUUUCAAGUUCAAAUGGUGGAUAGAUUUAGGAAAAGGCGAGAAAUCUCAUUUGGAGAAAAAAUUCCCAUCGGCUUUAAUAGUUGGAGUACGGAAAGGAGGAACACGUGCAUUACUAGACGCAAUCGCUCUUCACCCAAAAGUUCGAAUUGUGAGACGAGAAACUCAUUUCUUUGAUUCAAAUUACACACUUGGAUUUGAUUGGUAUCGAGAUCAAAUGCCUGAAGUCGAAAAUGAUAACGAAAUUGUCAUCGAAAAAACGCCAGCGUACUUCACAAAUGAGCAUGUUCCCAAAAGAGUUUACGAAAUGAAUCCAGAUAUGAAACUUAUUUUAAUUGUUCGACAUCCUGUAUAUAGAACUGUUAGUGACUUCACACAGGUAUACUACAACAAAUUGGAACAAAAUAAAACACUUCCAGUGCUAUCAGUGGAAGCAUUUAAAACGAAUGAAGCUGGAAUUGAGAAAAUCAAUAUGGAGUAUAAACCAAUGACAAAUUCUCUUUACGAUGUUCAUAUUUCAAAAUGGCUCAAGUACUUUGAUCUCAAAAAUUUUCUUUUUGUGAAUGGAGAUGUUUUCAGAGCAAACCCCCUUCGUGAGUUACGGAAAGUGGAAGAAUUCUUAGGAUUAGAGAGAUCGAUUACCCCGAGCCAAUUGGUUUUUGAUUACAAUAAGGGAUUCUUUUGCUUUCGAAAAACUACAAAAGUUCGAUGUUUGGGACUGUCAAAAGGUCGAAAGCAUCGAUCAGUAAGCGAAGAUGUUGUGGCUAAACUAUCAAAUAUGUUUGAAGAGCACAAUCAAAACUUUUUCCGGUUAAUCAAUCGAACAUAUUCCUGGGAAUAAUCUAUUCUCUAUUAUCAAGUGAUUUCAUACUUAAUUACGGGUUCUCAACGAUUUACUGGUUUUUUAAAUAAAAUUAUUGAUUUU